CUCGGAGCCAUCACACAACAAUGACCGGCGCAUUGUUCAGAAACGCUGUCUCCGACGCCGCUCGAAUCUUUCGAUUACAGCGAGCAACGACGACGAAUCCUUUCGGAAAGCUCGACCCUUUACCGAUAGGAGGAAACAUCCGGCGAUUGCAGUCGGGGCCUUUUUAUCGUACGCCUCAGUUUCUCGGGAAAGCAAAGGAAACCGGAGUCUCUGGUCUCUGUACUUCUUCGUCUUCUUCGACGGUUUCUACAGCAGGAUUCAUCGGAUGGUAUUUGGGAAUGGUGAAAUCGCGGCCGGUUCUUACCAAAUCCGUCACCUCCUCGCUUAUUUACAUAGCCGCCGACUUGUCUUCGCAGACAAUUCCACAAGCUUCAGUGGAGUCUUAUGACUUGGUAAGAACAGCAAGGAUGGCAGGAUAUGGGUUGUUAAUCUUGGGUCCUACACUUCACUAUUGGUUCAAUUUCAUGUCAAGACUCUUCCCAAAGCGAGAUUUGAUCACAACGUUUAAGAAAAUGGCCAUGGGACAGACGGUUUACGGGCCUGCCAUGAACGUUGUUUUCUUCUCAUUGAAUGCAGCCCUACAGGGUGAAAACGGUUCUGAGAUAGUUGCUAGAUUGAAAAGGGACCUACUUCCCACGAUGUUAAACGGUGUCAUGUAUUGGCCUUUGUGUGAUUUUAUUACAUUCAAGUUCUGCCCAGUUCAUUUACAGCCACUUGUGAGCAACUCGUUUUCGUAUUUAUGGACAAUCUACAUAACUUAUAUGGCAAGCCGUGCAACGCCAACUGCCAUUUCAAGUUAAAAGUGAAACAGCUCUCUUGGUGCCUUGGAAUUCAUUUCAAUCUGUUACUGUGAUUAGCAUUUUUGGUUCAAAACACAUCAUUUAUUUUCUUCAUGCUUUUUGUCUUAUCUUGAGUUUGUGUUCUACAUCACUUACAUGGCAAGCCGUGAGAAACUCACUGUCAAUUCAAGCUGAAACAGCUCUCUUGCUAAACCAGUUUUAAUUCUCAAUUUUCUUUACAUGAGAAUAUACCGAUUAUGCGAUU